CGUUAAAUGAAGAAAUGGACUGUGAGCGUUUUGUGGGACCAGAACCAAACAUCUCUCAUGAAUCUGAUAGCAAAGAUCAGAAAGGAGUAAAACGUAGUUUAAAAUCAACCAAGGAGCCACAAGAGCAGAUUCUGGCUCCUCCAGGUGAGAAGCCAUUUUUGUGCGAAACAUGUGGAAAUUAUUUCCAACAUAGAAAAACGUUGUUGUUCCAUGUGAAGAGGUUCCACGGUGUUGAUCAACCAUAUGCAUGCCACACCUGUGGGAAAAAAUUCAUGGGAAAAUCAGCACUUGAGGUUCAUAAAACAGUCCACAGUGAUGAGAGACCAUUUUCUUGCAAAAUAUGUAGAAAAGAUUUUAAAUUUAGUAGUAGUUUAAAGGUCCACAUGAAAGUUCACACUGAAGAAAUGCCGUAUUCUUGCAACACCUGUGGCAAAACAUUCACUCAUGCAUCAUUAAUGAAGUCUCAUACAAGAGUCCAUACUGGGGAGAAGCCACAUUCCUGCAUCACCUGUGGGAAAACAUUCACUCAUGCAUCACUAAUGAAGUCUCAUAUAAGAAUCCAUACUGGGGAGAAGCCAUUUUCCUGCAUGACCUGUGGCAAAACAUUCACUCACGCAUCAAAUUUGAAGAAACACACAAGGAUUCAUACUGGGGAGAAGCCAUAUUCCUGCAUCACCUGUGGCAAAACAUUCACUCGGCCAGAAUCUUUGACGUAUCACACAAGAAUCCAUACUGGGGAGAAGCCAUAUUCCUGCAUCACCUGUGGGAAAACAUUCACUUAUGGAUCAAGUUUGAAGACUCACACAAGAAUCCAUACUGGGGAGAAGCCUAAUCCUGUAUAAUAUGUGAAAGAUGUUUGUAAUGGUAAAAUAUGUUACAACAUAAUCUUAUGCCAAAAGAGUGAUUAUUGUCUGUGUUGAAGCAAUGUGAGAAGAAAAGGGAAAUCCAAAAGUUGUCUUUUGCAGCUGUGUGAAGGACAGUCAAACCGGCCUUCACCCGAAUGCUCGAACAAAGGAGCUCGGUUACUCCCAUCUUUACCUUGAUUUGUUUCCUCCUUGAUUUACAACUUUUCAUCUUGGUUAUCUCACAGGUGGUUUAGAGUUUUAGGUUUCUGUUUCUCUCGUGGCCGCCUACCACCAGAAAUGACCUUCAUGUGUGUGUAUAAGAACUCAGCGUUUUCUCUCCACAGAGCACCGUGAUACGUGCUUGUGUAGUUGACCUCCUGCUUGCAACCAAUAA